AUGGCCACACCUUCCACACCGUUUCCAACUAUUGCUGAAGCCGUGACUUGCGAUGACUUUACUACAUUUCGAGACUUUGAAACCUUGACCUAUUACAUUGUCAUUGAAAACGGAAUUGCAACAUCAUUGUCAGAUUCUGAUUUAGGUGAUGCUUUCCUGGCUGCUGACAGUGCUACACCAAAGCCUUCAUGUGCACCAAUUAUUGAAUCUGUUUCGGUACAAGAAAGAGAUGGUUUCUUCAUUCAAACUACAAGUUUGGUUGCCAGAUCAUCUCGCUUUAAACAUGAGGUCAUUUCUUUCGAAGUUGGAGUAUAUAUUGUCAGCGAGAUUGAGGGAGCUUUCUUGGGUGAGCGCGAAGUUGAACUAUAUGAGGGAGGGACUGAGGGAAAUUUCUUGCAAGCCUUUAACAGUGUUGGUGCCAUUAGUGGUUCCAAGGGUGCUAUUGCUUUGGGAUCGGGUGACACAUAUGAAGAGGCAGUGUCAGCAGCAACCACAACAGUUCUGGAACGCCCACCUCCCCCACCCCCGGAACGCCCACCUCCUCCUCCACCCCCAAAGCCACAGCCACAGACAGCAAUGCCAAGCACACUGUUCCCAGUGAACAAACCUACAAGUGGUGGUCCUGGCCCAAAACAACCAACAUCGAUCGGAACCAACCAACCACAACCGACACAGGCGGCAAUUCCAGGCACACCUUUCCCAGCAAAUCAACCUACUGCCGUGCCUGCUCCAAAACAGCCUACAGCCAUGGGUCCAAUGCCACCCGGUAGCAAGCCCACACCAUCGUCAGGCAGCCAACCCAUGACCCCUGGACCAACACAGACAACGAAUCCAAAAACAGCAUUCCCAGCAAAUCAACCUACUGCCGUGCCUGCUCCAAAACAGCCAACAGCAACGGGUUCAAUGCCACCCGGAAGCAAGCCCACACCAGCAUCAGGCAGCCAACCCAUGACCCCUGGACCAACACAGACAACGAAUCCAAAAACAGCAUUCCCAGCAAAUCAACCUACUACCGUGCCUGCUCCAAAACAGCCAACAGCAAUGGGUUCAAUGCCACCUGGUAGCAAGCCCACACCAGCUUCAAUGGGACCAACAGCAGUUGGAAGCAGCCAAACAGGCCCACCACAAACUCAGGGGCCAACAAUUUCCAAGCCCACAUCAGUAUCAUUGGGUCCAGCAAACAUGCCAUCGAUAAAUCCCACUGUUUCAUCUGAGUGCCUGGAUACAAGAGCAAGAACAACCUACAGUGUCACCCUUGUGGGUUCAGCGGAGAUUGAGGAUGCCCAGCUGAUUGAAGCUUUCAUGGAUGCAGACAGUGAAUUGACCAAGGACCCUUGUGAUCCCAGGGUUCAGCGGGUUGUGGUCAUUGGGCGAGGAGGAAGGAGACUGCAAGCAAGGGCUCCUCCUGACAUUACUUCAAGUCUCAAUUUUGGAUUUUUCUUUGGACAAGAAAGCAAUAUCAGGGAGCAAACAACACUCAACACAACUGAGACACUGAACACAACAGGGACAGCUGGUUACUCCACAGAAUACAAUGCCUCACGUGUUGGAGACAUUGAAUUGAAUAAUGUGCAGGAGACCAUCACCUUUGAGGUUACUGCGCUGGUGCAACCCAGUACAGAGACCAAUGGUUUUAGUUUGUAUAAUGGCAAUGAUGCGAGCUUCACUGAAUCGCUCACAACACAACCUGCCAUUGUCGACAGUGGUGCUACAGUGGUUAGCUCGGCAGAUAGUGAUGCCACUCUAUCACCAACAGAGUCUCCAACGGCCACGACACUCGGCAACACGCCAGCACCAUCAUCCAGCACCACACCAGUACCACCUACAUCUUCUCCACCACCCCCAACUUCUUCUGGGUCGCCAUUGCCGACACGACCACCAACCCCCCCUAAACCAACACCAACAGGCCCUGUUGGAAAGCCCACUGCAAUUCCGGCCGGCUCACAAUUCCCUACUAGUACGAACACAGCAAAGCCUACGCAAAGUGGUCCAGCUCCGAUGCAGCCAACAUUCAUACCUUCAGGGGCACUGCCAACGAAAUCUCCAUUGACUCCCAAGCCAACACCAGCCAAGACACCAAAUCCCACUCGUUUGCCUCCCCCCGAUCCAAAACCUUCACCGAGCACCCUGCCAGCACAGCCCACCGCUGAUUCUUCAGGGUUUCCUACACCCUCAUUUUCUCCAACAUUGUCUCCAACUAAAGCUUCCAGCUCAAAACCUUCUCCCGGUCCAAAGCCAUCCCCUUCCACCACAACUCCCGCUCCGUCAACCCAAAAGCCAUCCCCGGUCGCUCCCACAAAGUCACCCUCUUCCCAACCCCCUCCAGCUCCUACCAAGGCUCCAUCAACUCCUGCUCCUUCAACCCAAAAACCCUCACCGGCCGCUCCCACAAAGUCCCCCUCUUCCAAACCCCCUCCAGCUCCUACCAAGGCUCCAUCAACUCCGGCUCCGUCAACCCAAAAACCAUCCCCGGCCGCUCCCACAAAGUCCCCCUCUUCCAAACCCCCUCCAGGUCCUACCAAGGGUCCAUCAACUCCUGCUCCCUCAACCCAAAAACCAUCCCCGGCCGCUCCCACAAAGUCACCCUCUUCCAACCCCCCUCCAGCUCCUACCAAGGGUCCAUCAACUCCCGCUCCGUCAACCCAAAAGCCAUCCCCGGUCGCUCCCACAAAGUCACCCUCUUCCAAACCCCCUCCAGCUCCUACCAAGGCUCCAUCAACUCCUGCUCCGUCAACCCAAAAACCCUCACCGGCCGCUCCCACAAAGUCCCCCUCUUCCAAGCCCCCUCCAGCUCCUACCAAGGCUCCAUCAACUCCUGCUCCGUCAACCCAAAAACCAUCCCCGGCCGCUCCCACAAAGUCACCCUCUUCCAACCCCCUCCAGCUCCUACCAAGGCUCCAUCAACUCCUGCUCCGUCAACCCAAAAACCAUCCCCGGCCGCUCCCACAAAAUCACCCUCUUCCAAACCCCCUCCAGCUCCUACCAAGGCUCCAUCAACUCCUGCUCCGUCAACCCAAAAACCCUCACCGGCCGCUCCCACAAAGUCCCCCUCUUCCAAGCCCCCUCCAGCUCCUACCAAGGCUCCAUCAACUCCCAAACCCUCUCCAGCUCCUGCCACGGGGAAACCUACAAUGGCUGCAACAGGAAAGCCGACUGCUGUUCCGACGAAGGCUCCGUCAACUCUAG